CCUCAUUCCAGACCUCCCCUAGACCAUCCACCCGCGGUCUACCUUCCCCUUCAACAUCCGCCACCCAACCACCCGCAAUUUCCACCACCAUCCUGGCAGCAACCCGCAUCAUGUCCAAACGCAUCAGCACCUUCUUCCAACCUCUUCCGUCGAAGAAACUCAAACCGGAUGCAACUACGAUAACAGAAUCAACAACAACAACAUCAUCAUCAACAACCGUCCCACCGAAACCAUCCACAUACACCCAUCACCCAAGCUAUCCAAUCCCGAUCCGCGACCCGCCCAGCACCAUCACCACGCCUCUCCUCUCUAAUCCAGCACCUCGACCCCCCAAAUCCAUAACCAACCACCCGCACCUGGAUCUCCUCUACUUCCAACCCUUCCUCCCCGCCCCACUAGCCCGAGACCUAUUCGAGUUCCUGCGGAAUGAACUCCCCUUCUACCGCGUCCGAUAUAAUAUCCGGCGCGGCGGAACAGAAACAUCCAUCAACACGCCAAGAUACACGACUGUCUUCGGGGUAGAUGAUACAUCGACAUUCACUACUGCAAACUCGGAAUCUGUUUCUACUAAUUCCAAUCCUGACACGAAAGUCCAAGAAGACGACACAACAAACUACAAUCUACUAGAUUCCCCUCAGCAACAACCACCAGCCAACUCACCAAUAUUGGUCGACAGUAAAACACGCACCGAAACCAAAUCCAGAUAUCGAUGCAGGCCUCGACCCAUCCCGCCGUGUCUGGACAUUCUGCGCCAAGCAGUGGAAAAGGCCACGGACGAUGAGACAAGAUAUAAUUUCGUCCUGGUGAAUUACUACGCCACAGGGGACGAUAGUAUCUCGUACCAUUCGGAUGAUGAGCGGUUUCUGGGCCAGAAUCCCACCAUUGCGUCCUUAUCGCUUGGCGCGGGGAGAGAUUUCCUGUUGAAGCAUAAACCAGGUGGUGGUAGUACUACUGAUGCUGAUCGUGCGAUUGCAAAUGCAGCUGCGAAACCGCUCAAGUUUCCCCUCAAGUCCGGCGAUAUGCUAAUUAUGAGGGGCGAGACUCAGGCAAAUUGGCUGCACAGUGUGCCUAAGCGCAAGGGGUUGCAGGGAAGUGCUGGUGCUUUGGGCCGGAUUAAUAUCACGUUUCGGAGGGCGGUGGUGCCUGGCGGCACGGAGAAUUAUUAUCGAUUUAAUGUGGGGGAUGGAGUGGUGUAUCGGUGGAAGGAUGAGGAGGGGAAGAUGGUAGCUACUACUGAAUAAUUUAUAACUGUGUUGUAGCUUCAUGCCUAUGUAGAUACAACUGGAUUGGAGGAAUAGGGGAAGGGAGGCCACUCAGUGCGAAGCAAACGGGUUGCUGUAAGCUCGGAAGCGAUCAAGUGGCUGCGCA